UAGUCACAAUACUAGAAUUAGGAGAAAAAUUUAUUGUUCAGCAGUCAGAAUAAGGGAACUUGUUCUAGAGAGCUAAAGUAUGACCUCAGACUGUAUAUUUAAGCUAAAUCAUUUUAAUUUCUUAAAAACUUUAUAAUACAAAAGAAACUUCACUGAAGACAUUUGACAACUUUGUGGCAUCGGAAAACAUCAGGUUUUUCAGAGCAUACAGAACAGUAGAUGAUAAGGUUUUAAGUAUUUGACAUGAUGUACUAAACUCAGAAAAAAAUAUUUCCAUAGUCAAAUAAUCCUAUUCAUUAAAACCUCUCACAGCUGUCAUUUGCAUUCUAUUUUGAUUUCCACCUAUGCAAAGAAGUCUAGCUGUACUUACAGUAUAUGACAGUAUGGUUGAAGGGAGCUGGGGGGGCAAAAUGUAAUAUCAAUUGUGAGUUGCUUCAGAUGACACAGUUUGCCACCUCUUCCACCUGAUAUGCAGGAGAGACAAUUUAGAAAUAGUCAAAAACUUACUGUGUAUAUAUAUAUAUGUAUAUAUAUAUAUAUAUAAGUUUCCACAGUUUAUAUUUUCAUCUCAUUUCCAUAGCUGAUUACCUGGUGCAGACACAUUGCACAUACAGAAUGAAAAACAUCUCUCCAAUAGAAGCAUCACAGCAAAUGUUAUAGUUGCAAGAAUGUGAACUUGCAGUCUUGCUCCUGAUCAGCCAUUUAGAGAAUUAAAAAGAUUGUGUAAAAAAGAAAAUGGCUACAAAUACAAAUCAUACAGGUGAAUCAAUAUUCAAUUUUGAUUGAAUAUUGAUUCAAUCAAUUUUGGGUCUUUUAUCACCUGUUGCAAAUCCGAUUUUAAAAUUAAGUCCCAGUUUUUUAUUCACUCCAGUGAUUUUAUUCACUAAUAAAAUCCCUACGUAAACAUAUUAUUUGUGUUCCUAUAUAAACUCUUCCAGGGAGUGUUUUUUGAACACUGAAGCACAGCGCGAGUAUACUGAGCACAAGCAAAGCCUUAAAAACCAUAUGAGAUUGUGAAACAUUCAUACAUAAAUAUUAAAUUGCUACCUACAGACACUGCUAAGUAUAUAAUUUGUAAUGCUUUGUUUUUUUUUUGUCUCUACCAGGUUUGCACAUCUUAAAUUUUGGUCCAUUCUUCUCUACAAAACUAGAUUUUGUUUUGAUCAGAUCAACUCAAUUGUAUUAGUUUAGUGCAUUUAAGCAAUGAGGCAAUUCAAAGUGGUUUGCAGUGGAUUAAAAACACAAUGCCGUACACAAACAUAAAACCUUACAGCAGAGUAGCAAAAUAAAGAUAACUAUAUUCAUCAAAGGUAAAACUCUGCCCCAGUCUCAAGUCCUUUGCACCUACUAGCAGGUUCCUAGAAGUUACUCCCCUGUAUUCAACUCCAUCUAGCAACACUGCUUAAGAUAAAUUCUGCACACAGGACAAAAAGUUACUUUUGACUAUUGCACUUUCUUCCCUCCAUGUGUUUGCUUAUGGCAAAAAUGGUACUUCUUAAUGUGUUGUUUAAUUCUCCCAUCUGAGCUGUCGAUAUCUGCAGCUAAAUGUUGAUUUGCACCCGAAAGUGCAACUGUGAGUUUAUCCACACCCAUUGACACUCUCAUUGGCAGGUUUAUGAGGUGAGAAGGAGGAGUAAUCACAUAGAGAACAAAUAUAGGUAAGGCUAGAUAGAGAUAGGCAAAGUGAGGGGAGACUCUUACAACCAAAAGCAAAAUGGCAAAUGGUAAUGGAAAUUCAUCUGUAAGUCAUCCAACUGGAUUGGAAAUGGCAGCGAAGCACAUACAGACAUUCUCACUGGUCGUCUACUGUGUGAUUAUAGUGGUUGGGACAGUAGGAAAUGGUCUGGUCAUCUAUGUGACCGGCUUCAAGAUGAAGAAAACAGUCAACUCUGUGUGGUUUCUCAACUUGGCUCUGGCAGACUUCCUCUUCACAGCGUUCCUGGUGUUUACAGCAGUCUCUCUCUCUCAGCAGUACCACUGGCCUUUUGGACAGUUCAUGUGCAAACUCAACAACUUUGUGAGCUUAGUCAACAUGUUUGCCAGCGUCUUUUUUCUAACAUCUAUAAGUCUGGAUCGUUGUUUGUCCAUCUGGGUGGUGGUGUGGGCACAAAACAAGCGCACCGUUGGCAAAGCUCAAGUGAUAAGUGCUAUAAUCUGGUUGGCUGCAGGCAUCUGUAGCACACCCUAUGCAUAUUUUCGUACCGUGGAAGUCAGCCAGAAACAGACAUACUGCAAGUACCCUUCAACUAUGACAAAGAACAAACAUUGGACAUUGUGUAUAUUCCGCUUUGUUAUGGGCUUUCUCAUCCCGUUCCUGGCAAUAUUUUUCUCAUAUGUGGCCAUAGGGAUUCGUGCCAGGCGUCUGCAGAGAAUGAGGAAACAAAGAUGUCACAGGAUCAUUUUCUCAGUCAUUUUUGCAUUCUUUACCUGCUGGUUGCCUUUUCAUGUUUUGAGUUUCAUACAAUUAAAAUUCUAUGAUUACUCAGAUGUACAGAACAUUGUUCAGGUCAUAGGUCCUCUAACUGUAAGUCUUGCCUUCAUGAACAGCUGCUUGAAUCCCAUCCUCUAUGUUUUCAUGUGUGACGAGUUCCAGAAGAAGCUCAAACAGUCCAUUUGGUUGGUUCUAGAAAAUGCCCUUGCAGAGGACCACAUAACAUUUGUUACGUCAUCUCGUUCAAUGUCAAGGAUUCCCAGAAAGUCUGAUUCUACCGCCCCUGCUGAGGGGAAAGAAACUGAGACAUCGAUGACCUUAACAAAACCAAAAAAAGAGAUCUCCACGAAGAAGUCCAUGAACACGGAGGAAAACAGCCACACACUGAUUGAAAUGGCGGACUUUAAUAAAGUGCACUGAAGUGAUCUGAGCAAAGCUUAUUUGUAGAGGAGUGUGAACACGUGCAAAGACAAUUCAAAGAAUAUUUUUGACGUCUGCUUGUUUUUCAUCAUUUGCUUACCAUUAACAGGUGUUUUCGUAUGUGGUUAUCGAGACAGCCUGAGAUGUACAACAGACAGUCUGAUAAAAUCGCACAGAACCCCUUACCUUCCACAUUCAAUCAGCAAAUGUAACUGAAAGCCUGCGUAGGUGUCCUGCAGCAAUAUAUUCUACAUGCUAAGCUUUUAAUGAAAUUAUUGUAAAUACUGUAAAAACAAUAUAAAAUUACUUGUUUACUUUAGAACAGUUUGAAUUUUGUUUUAACUUGCCUCUUUUAAUGAACCUGUAUGUUUAGGAAUGCUCACAUCUGUAUGUUUAUCGAUGACACCGUCAAAAGAGAUAAAAAUAUUAAUGGAUGUUUCAGAAAUUAUUAAAAAUAUGACAAAACAA